AAUAAAACAUAAAGAUUGUCUGAAAAAAAUGUGAUUUUAUUAAAAUAUAUUGUGUCGCGAAUAAAAACUAGAUCAAUAUGCGUUUGCCUGAGGAUGCCACUUGUAAAGUUUGUCGAAGUGUUUUUUGUUGUGCCAAAUGUUGUUACAAGCAUGAAAUAAAAAAUCACGCUAUCGUUGCUCGAAAACCCAUUAUGAUCAACACCAACAGCAUUGGAAUCUCUACAACCAACAAUAGCAAAGGUGUUGGCAAUGCCUCUAACGCUUCAUCUUCUUUGGUUAAACGUGGUGACAAUGAAUCCAAUGCUGUCCAAGAAGUGUCCCUGCCGGCGGGGGCAUAUGAGGAAAUUUAUCUGUUUUGUCCUAUCUGUGAAAAACGUCCUCUGCCUUUGCAAAAUGAAAUCUAUGCAGAAAUGUUGAUUCAUCUGGAGACUCACCAUUUGCCAUUGCGUUGUGAAAAGUGUGCCAAAAUGUACUACAACAUCAGUGAUCUUAAAGAAUUUACCAAAUGCAUGCAACCAUUGGGAGUGUGUCAGUCGAUGUCAUCGAAUACCACAAGUCAAACAUGUUACACUGAUGAGGCGUCUAAGGUAACAGUUACCCGGGGGGACAUGCAUUCCACACAAGUGUCACCUAUGCGUCGCCAAGACUUCAAUGAUACGCAUAUGACGCCAAUAUCAAUAAUUAAUAUGCGUUGGAAGGCGAAGAGCAGCAAAGCUCAUGAGGAGUUUAUAAGUGAUAGUGUUUCAUCAAUAAAGAAUAUAUCAUCCAUUAGCAAUAACUCAUCGUUUCCAAGAGGCCAUUGUGGAGUCGCAUCUGCAGUUAAGGGCAAGGUAAUACGUUCAACAUCGACCCCGGUUCACUUAGAGGUGGUAUUUGCCAAACCCAAGGAACAAACGUUCAACGCCACAGGUGCUGGUCACAUGUCUAGCAUAUACAAUAGCGACUCGGAUAUAAGUCCGGCAUUACAACAGCCUAGCAGUCAAGCUCUUGAACCAUUGAAUCGCUAUCGAAAGGUCGGCAAUGGUCGACCCCGCAUGUCUGCUGUUACACCAUUGCGCCAAGUCAUGUCUAAAAGUAUACAAAAGGCAUUUGCCGAGCAUGGUUUACCGGCAGCAUCUACAGCCGUAAGGGGAUCUUCCGCGGCCUUUCAACGCAAGAAAAUGUUUGAUACCACUUCUUCACCCGGACUAGAUAAUGGGGAUGCCACUGGCGACAGGCCUUCAUCACCAUCGCCCCCUGCUCUUGAUUUGCGCCUUUCGCCGGCCGUUAGGCGUAGCUACAGUGAAUCCGAAGAAUCAUUGCAGCUGCAAAUUUCCGAGGAACAAAAACACAUGCAAAGAAAUGAUUUACCAAACAUGAGACGUCGAAUUUUACUAUCAGCACAAAAACUAACCACCGAGUCGAUAGUUAUUACUCGUACUGAGCAUCUUUCGAGCGUGUCAUCAUCCUCCUCGGGUAGCAGUUCUAAUGGCAGUAUCAAUUCCAUCAAGCCCCAUACAUCUGCAACUACUAACGCCUCAUAUCAGUCGGCAGGAUCGAAUAGUUCCAACAGUUCUGUUUUCAAAUCAUGUCGCAGCGUUGAAAUCAUAACAUCUACCACCGAACAAAUACAACAAAUCGAGUCUGUGGAGGGAGCGAAUUGUGUUAGAAAUCCGUUGCCGCCCAUAACACCUAUAACUCGCAUUCCGGGAGCAGUUAUACAUAAAAAGCUAAUUAAAUUUGAAACUCCUAAACUAGGCUCCAAAGAUUCACGUGACUCCCAAAACUCACCAUGUGAUAUCUUCUUUACGCCCAAUGCAACACCAGUUAGCAAAACAAAGGUGACACCGGACAAUAAUGGUAGUUCUCCUGAAACACAGAGGAUUCGAAAGCGCUUAGUCCCACAAAAUCUUAGCGGGCGUUUUUCGUCUCCGCGCAGACCUUCCAUAAAAGAAUGUGCCCAUAGCACUGCCUUUAGUCGUAUAGAAAAUAUUACGGAUACUUUUGAUGGCAAUGCUUAUAAUGAAAUUGAAGACGAAGUAUUUGUCACAGAAGAAUCGCAGAAGCCUGCACGAAAAUUGGAAGAAGCUAAGAGUAAACAGAAUCAUUCACAUUCUGGCCUAUGGUCAAUAAUGAGUUCUGUAAUGCGUUUGCCAUCACGAAGGGGUAGUAAUUCGAAAGUAUCACCUAAGAACGCUUCGCCUCUUCAAACAGAUGCCAAUUCCAAUUCGAUAAUCAAAAGAUGUGCUUCUAUUGCAGGUUCUUUGGUGCGUUCCAAACCGUUGGUCGAUGAAAAUGAAAUGAAUACUUUAAAGCGAAAGCGAACAUUUACUACGCAUGAACAGUCAACAUCAUCAUAUUUGUCUCAACUGCAUAAUUCCGAUGCCGCAUCACCUCCUAGCUCAGAUGGUCUCAAUACUUCUUCGAAACGUUUCCGUAUUCAAGGUCGACGUCCCAUCGAUCGUAUGCGUAUGAAUAGUUAAUACCGUGUUUUUCCCAUUAAAUGUUUACAUUUUUGUACUUGUAUUAAUAGUUUUAAAAAUAAAUUAUUUAUCUGUUUUUGUGUAUUCAAAUUAUA